AUGUUGAGCCGUCUGUUCAGCGAGGUCCUGCCGGACGUCCAGAGGCUGGCAGCGGACUGGGUGGAGGACAACGAGAGCGAGCAGUGCAAGAACAAGGACGGAGAGCACGACCCCUGUCUCCUGGACGAGGACGACGACCUGGACGAGCCUCUGGAAGGCAGCAGCCGAGCUGAGUCCGAGAUGGCAGACGACGACGAUGAGGAGGAGGAUGAUGAGGAUGCUGAGGAAGAGGAGUGCGACGCCACAGAUGGAGACAAACCCAAGAAGCGAGGCCCAAAGAAACGCAAGAUGACGCCGGCGAGAGCGGAGCGCUCCAAGGUGCGUCGGAUGAAGGCCAAUGCUCGGGAACGGACGAGGAUGCACGACUUGAAUUCAGCUCUGGACAACCUGCGCAAAGUCGUGCCGUGCUACUCCAAAACCCAAAAGCUCUCCAAGAUAGAGACUCUGAGACUGGCCAAGAACUACAUCCUGGCUCUUGGGGAGAUUUUACGCAACGGGAAGCGGCCAGAUGUGGUGGCCUAUGUGCAGAUGUUGUGCAAAGGCCUGUCCCAGCCCACCACCAACCUGGUGGCAGGCUGUCUGCAGCUCAACACCAGGAACUUCUUGACUGAGCCGUGCUCGGAUGGAGCCCGGUUCCACAUGCCCAGCUCUCCUUUCUCGGUGCAUCCCUACUCCUACCGGUGCUCCCGCAUCUCCAGCCCGCACUACCAGCCCGGGGGCGGUGCGCUCAGUGUGCGGGGCCAGGCCUACGGGUCUGGGUACGAGGCUGGGUACCAGCCGGGUGGGACGUCCCCUGACUAUAACAGCCCGGACUACGAGGCCCCGCACAGUCCUCCGGGGUGUCUGAACGGGGGACUGUCCGGCAGGCAGCAGGGGCCCUCAGAGGCCGACAGGAACUAUCACUACUCUAUGCACUACUCCGGACUGUCCUCGUCUCGGCCCAGCCACAGCUUACCUUUCGGGCCUUCUGGAGCUCGCAGCUCGGAAAACAUUCCACCUUUCCACGACGCACAUGUGCACCAUGACAGGGCGGCUCCUUACGAGGAUCUCAAUGCUUUUUUCCACAACUGA